GCGAUAUUGUACUAAAUGUUGCAUCAAGUGGAAUCGCAUCUCUUUUGUUACCUGGUGGGCGUACUGCACAUUCAAGGUUUCAUAUACCUCUAAAUUUAACAGAAACCUCGAUGUGUUUUAUUAAACCGGAUGAUGACGUUGCUGAUUUAUUGAAGAAAACGAAAUUGAUCAUUUGGGAUGAAGCACCGAUGAAUCAUAAACAUGCGUUUGAAGCACUUGACCGAACAAUGAAAGAUAUCUUCAAAUGUGAGAUGACAUUUGGUGGACAAGUUAUGGUGUUCGGUGGUGACUUUAGACAAAUACUUCCGGUUGUACCAAAUGGGAGUAGGCGAGAUAUCGUUAAUGCUUCAAUCACGUUGUCGUAUAUUUGGAGUACUUGCAAGGUCCUUACGUUAACCAAAAACAUGAGGUUAACUGUAGGAGCCAACACAUCUGAUAUAGACGAGAUUAAAGCUUUUGCGGAUUGGUUGCUUGACUUCGGAGAGGGAAAGAUUGGCGACGGUGAUGAUUGUGAGGUGGUUAUAGAUAUUCCUGAAGAUUUGUUAAUCAAGUGCUCUGAGGAUCCUAUGUCAGAUCUGAUCGACUUUGUAUAUCCUUCGCUUCUUCAACUGUACAAAGAUAAAGAUUAUUUUGCUGAAAGAGCUAUAUUGGCACCAACGAACGAGGUUGUUCAAGAAAUUAAUGAAAAGUUGCUUGAUUCGUUUCCUGGCGAUGAAGUGGAGUAUCUGAGUUCUAAUAGUAUUUGUCAAACUGAUCAAGGAAAGAAUGAAGCAAAUGCGAGACUAUAUUCUCCCGAUGUUCUAAAUGGUUUAAAAAUUUCUGGUCUGCCUAAUCAUCGAUUAGUCCUUAAAGUUGGUGUACCUGUAAUGUUGCUUCGUAAUAUCGAUCAACAAAAUGGUUUAUGCAACGGUACGAGACUACGGAUUACUAAACUUUAUAAACAUGUUAUAGAGGCGGAGAUUAUAUCCGGAGGAAACAUAGGGACCAGAACGUUUAUUCCACGAAUUAGUUUAACACCGUCGGAUAAAAGAAUUCCUAUCAAGUUUCAACGACGACAAUUCCCUAUAAAUGUAUGUUUUGCAAUGACUAUAAAUAAAAGUCAAGGACAAUCUCUAUCGACAGCUGGAUUGUAUUUGAAAUAUCCAGUUUUCUCACAUGGUCAGCUUUAUGUUGCGUUAUCAAGAGUUAAAAGCAAAGGCGGUGUGAAGUUGCUUAUACUAGACAAAGAUGGGAAUGUAACGAGUAAAAUAAGAAAUGUAGUCUACAAGGAAGUUUUUUCCGGAAUUUGAAUUGUUUUUUGUUUUUUU